GGAAGUCAGCGUUCCGGAAGUGGAGAUGGCGGUGUCCUUCCGGGUCAAGAGCCCUCUCGGGGAAUGAUGGGAACGAUGGGGAAGAUGGCGGCGCUGGCCGCCGAGCCCGGGGAAGAUGCUUUUCGGAAACUCUUCCGUUUCUACAGGCAGAGCCGCCCUGGGACCGCCGAUCUGAGAGAAGUGAUCGACUUCUCCCAGGCUUCCUCCACGCGGGACAUCGGCCACAAGGUGUUCAGGUCUCCACUAAGUGUGUCCUCGGUCAGUGAGCAAGAUGCGUGUAGAGCAGGACUUCAGCCAGUCAACAAGUGGAAAGCCUAUGGCUUAGAAGGCUAUCCAGGAUUUAUUUUUAUCCCAAACCCCUUCCUCCCAGGUUAUCAGCGUCACUGGGUGAAGCAGUGCCUUAAGCUUUACUCCCAAAAGCCCAAUGUCUGUAACCUGGACAAGCACCUGGUUGCAGAAGAGACCCGGGAUCUGUGGGGACAGAGCCAGGAGCUCCUGAGAAAUAAAGAUGUGAACAAAAAGAGACCUCGAAGUUUACUAGAAAAACUACGUUGGGUAACCCUGGGCUACCAUUACAACUGGGACAAUAAGACAUAUUCAGCUGAUCACUACACGCCUUUCCCCCCAGACCUGGCUUACCUCUCAGAACAAGUGGCUGCUGCAUGUGGAUUUCAGGACUUCCAAGCUGAGGCUGGAAUACUCAAUUACUAUCGAUUAGACUCUACCCUGGGGAUCCAUGUUGACAGAUCAGAACUAGACCACACCAAGCCUCUCCUGUCCUUUAGCUUUGGACAGUCUGCCAUCUUUCUUCUGGGUGGCCUCAAAAGAGACGAAGUCCCCACAGCCAUGUUUAUGCAUAGUGGAGACAUCAUGGUGAUGUCAGGAUUCAGUCGUCUAUUGAAUCACGCUGUCCCAAGAGUCCUCCCAAAUUUUGAUGGGACAAGCCUGCCUCAUUGCCUGGAGGUACCACUCCCAGAUGCCUUACCUGCAGGUUCAGUUGCAGAACCCUGUUCUGUGGAGGACUGGCAGGUGUGUGCCAACUAUCUGCAAAGAGCUCGGGUUAACAUGACUGUGCGGCAGGUGCUGGCCACUGGCCAAGACUGGAAGGACAAAGAAACCACGAGUGAAAGUUCUUGCCAUCUUGAUGAUAAAAAUAAUGAAGCAAAGCGCCCCAGGAUGAACCCUAACAGCUGAAAUUUGGGCAACCCAGACACUUAGGCAGGUCCUAUAAUCAACAGUCAUAAUUUGUAUUGCCAUGAAUUUCAUCUGGAAGAACUGUGUGAACUUUUCACUAGAAAAAGCAAGAAACAGAGACUAGUACAUCAUUGAUUGCACAAGGGCCGUGAAAACCUUUUGGGGAAAAAAUCCUGGUUUAUCACUUUUAUGAUGAGCUUACUUGUUCUUAUCCUAUAAGACUUGACACAUAAUACAUUCUUCUUACAAGCUCAUAAGCUUGAACUCAGCCUAACUUGCCACAGUUGUCCAUGGACAUAGAAAGCACUCCAAAAACAGGCUUUCCUUCAUGGCUAGUCCUUUGCCAUUAUUUCUGAUGACGAUGGCACAGAUGAAUUUUCAUGUCCAUGGGACUUCUUCUAGAUGCCACAGGCUUAGAUGAACAUUAAUUGUUGGAGAAAGAUUCACCCACGCCAUCCAGGAACCACUGAGAAAAUCUGACCCUGUACCAUUCUUCAUCCCAUUUUCUUACCUCUUUAGAUUAUGCUUUGAUUUCCCCUUCCACCUCUGCACUCCUGUUCUGGUUUUUCAAGUGCACACACCAAACAGUGAAGCUGCAAAUCUCAUCCUUCAAAAAAAGAAAUUAAUCAGUAGCUAUCUUUCUUUCCCAAGAGGUAAAUAUAUUUAAUCCAAGUAAAGGAAACAGCAGGUUUUUUAAAAACAUAUUUUCUUCAGGACUCCAAACUCUUCUCUUGUCAGCCUUUUAAAUGCAAUUUUAAUUGUUAGAGUGAAAUUCCAAGUCCCAGGGGUGUUCUGUCACUGUUUUCUCCACGAAUAAACUGUCUCUGUUUUAAAUUAAAGAUCACUAUCUGUUUUGAA